AUGGAGGCGCCGCGCUCCGCUCGGGCUCCCGCGGCGCCCCCGGGCUGCCCCUCCCGGGGCGGAGGAAGGCGGCAGGGGAGGGGAGAGCGGCGGCGCCUGUGUCGCACAUUUUGCCUGUCAUUGAGGUCGCAAAGAGGCGCUUUGCGGCCGGCACGUGAUCGCCCGCCUGUCAAGCGCUGUGAGAGAACCGGGGGCGGGACCGCGCCGGGACCGGGCACCGCGGGCACUGCGGGCGCGGCGGGCCCGCGCCCAGGGAGCGGAGCGGAGCGCCCAGGCCCGCGCUGCCCAGCAGAGGUGCCGCCGGUCCGCCCGCGCGGGGCCGAGGGAGCGGGCACAGCCCCCGUCCCGUCCCGCCGGUUGGCGGCUCCCCGGGCCCGGCGGCGGCGCGGGGUGUCCCGGCUGGGCUCCCCCGCCAAGUGCGGCCUAAGCGGGUUGGCGGGGACCUGGCUGCGGCCAUCCCUGGGCGGUGCGGGGAAACAAGGGCCGGAGGGCGGCCUUGCCUCUCCGUCCAUCCGUCCCUGCAUCCAUCUCUCCCUCCCUCCAUCCAUCCGCGGUGCCAUCGGUGAAUGCAGCGAUUCGGUCCCCGUCCCCCCCGACAGCCCGUACCGUGGUGCCCGCCGAGUGACCCGACCCGACCCCACCGGGCGGGGGGUGCGCACAGGGCCGGGGCUCGGUACAGCUCGGUGGUUUUCCCCCCGCCGUGUUCCGACUAGUUACAAAAGAAGGAAGUGCGUUUUUCCACAGGUUUUUGAGCCGACGGACCCGUGAUCUGCACAGCGGCCCUCGCUCAGGCUUAGCGCUCCAGCACUGAGUGUCCUGUGAGUGUCGCAACUAUCUGAGGUCACAGAGGCAUCGAGCAGCUUUCCUAUCAGCUAAUAAAGCCACACGACGAUACCUUUGAAUCAAGAUAUUCCGCCGGGUUUAGGGAACACGGCUCUUUAUUGGGUUUUUAUAGAGUUACAGGCGAGUUUCCCGGACCCUGCGAGCUUCCUGCCGCCGCAACCGGACUGGCCCCGGGCAGA